AUGUCGGGUCAGAAUGUUAACGUCUGUGAUAUUGGUGAGGAUGUUAAGGAAAAACUAAAGAAGUUCCGUUUCCAAAAACACACUUCGAACUGUGCUCUGAUAUUAAAGGUGAACAGAGACAAGCAAGCGUUGGAAGUUGAUGAUGAAUUAGAUAAUAUAGAACUUGAGGACUUGCAAGAAAUAUUGCCGUCACACCAACCCAGAUUUAUAGUUUACAGUUAUAAACUGGAACACACAGACGGACGGAUAUCAUUUCCAAUGUGUUUCAUAUUCUAUACACCGAGGGAUGCUCAUAUGGAGUUGCAGGUGAUGUAUGCUGGUACACAACGCGCGUUGGCUGCUGCUGUUGGGGCUCCGAGGCUAUUGGAAGUCAGGGAGAUUGAUGACCUGACUAACGAAUGGUUGAACGAUAAACUUAAGAGAUAG